UUUCGAGGGAUCCUAUUCAAGAAGAUGUGUGUGGUCUGAUGUUCCGGGAUUUCCAAAUGUGCCUGAUCCGAAUAUGACUAAAAACAUUUUUCAAGAUCAAUUUUGUGGAGGAUAUAUCGACGCAAAUGGUAACGAAAGACCCGCUUUUAAUUCUGGUUCAUUACAUCCCAAAGGAUAUAUUUGUCCAAUAAAUCAAGUCUGCAUGACAGUAGGAAAUCCAUCCAACAACAUGGUUUCCUUUGACAAUUUUCUUCUAUCAUUUUUUCUGGUCUUUGUAAUAGCUUCAACUCAAAAUUGGACAAGCAUAAUGUAUAACAUUAUGGAUGCUGAAUACGAUUGGUCUAGCUUGUAUUUUAUCAUAGCUGUCAUCAUCCUGGCUUUCUGGUUGAUUAACUUCUUUGUUGCUGUGAUCACUACAAUGUUUGCCAAAAUUCGGGAAGAUUCUUCGCACUCGGCGUUUACAUUAUCCAAGCAAGUAUCUUUAAACAAAUUUUCUGAUUCCAAAUUCACGGUCAUCUCAUUAAAUAUACCUACCUCAACACGAUAUAACCAUAGAUCCGCUCCAAUUUUAAUGGAUGACACCGAUGGUUGGAUUCUCAAUGACAGUCAAAAUGUGUCUCGGGAAAAUUUCCUUAGUCGCCUUGUGAAAUGGACAAAGUAUGUGUGGGUCUUGUGCAUCUUUAUCGAUGUCUUUAUCAUGGCGUUCAAAACUGCGGAUAUGGAUGAUGAGACAAAAACAUUUAUUAAUCAAUCUGAGACCAUUGUCACAAUAAUUCUUGCCAUCGAGAUAAUAUUGAGAUUCUGCUCAUAUCUUCCAAGAUACCGAUUUUUCUUUCAUUUCAAAACAAACAACGUGGAUCUAGUCUUGGCGAUCGUCACUUGCAUAAUACAAAUUCCGGUCAUCAAGAAUUCUUAUGCGUACAACUAUUUAACGAUCUUUCAGAUCGCACGCGUUUAUCGCGUUCUUAUUGCAAUCCCACGUCUGAGAGACACGUUGAUACGCGUAUUAGGCAGUGUGACCGGUUUAGCCAAUUUGAUUUUCUUCAUUAUCAUGAUUAAUUUCUUGGCGGCUCUAGUUGGAAUUCAGUUAUUACGCGGUGUCAUCCCAUAUAAUGAUCCCAGCGGGGGUUCCAACGUUAUGCGAUUUAGUGAUAUCUACAAUAGCUUUCUUACACUUUAUCAGAUCUUUUCUUCAGAAAAUUGGAGCGACAUUUUAUAUAAUGUGUUAAAGUACGAGUCCAUUGUUGGUUCCCCAGUUACUGCCAUAAUAGCAGCUUUGUUUCUUGUGGCUUAUGUCGCUUUGUCGAAUUUUAUUCUUUUGAACAUGUUCAUCGCGGUCAUAGAGGAAAAUUUUGAAAUAGCCGAAAAAGAGAAACACAAGAAGCAACUAGAGACCUUUCGCCGUAACGCCGACCCAUCAAAGAAAGAUGAGAUCCCAUAUAAAUGGAAUAUAUACAAAUAUUUCGAGGCAAAACCUAAAUCUCUGGUUGUGGAGUCUUUUCCAUCUAAUCUCGUAUUUCAUGUUCAAAAGAAUCGCGUGAGAGAUUUUCUCA